GGGAAGGGAGCCCUUAAAUUCCAAUCUCUCACCAAUGUGGGAGAGUUGGUAAAAAUAGGGGUGUUAAAAAAACUUCGACCCGGUUGUCCCGUCCCGAAUUCCCGAUGACCCGCAAAAAACUCAACGGGAAAUUUUCAAAAUUUUCUGUUUUUUUCGGGUCAGGUACCCGUCCCGGUAAGCACUUUCAUGGGCCGGGACAUGGGACAAGCUUUGCAAUUAUCGUGUACCCAGAUACCCAUUUAAAAAAAAAAAAAUUUAACAUUGCUAGUGCCAGCCCAGCCCACUUACUAAACCUAGGGUUCCAAACUUCCAAUAACUCCCAAAAAGAAAAAACACGCAGCUCUUCUUCUUCUCUAUCGCGCCUCAUCCCUAAUUCCCUACAGCUCUAGUGCUCUACAUCUCCUCAAACUUCCAUCGAUUUCGUCAAAAAUCAAUCAAAUUCGACUCGAUUCAUCCUCAAACUUCAGAUCUAAAUCAUUUCGUGGUCCUGUUCAUUUUCUUCUCACCACCUCAGAAAAUGUCAACAUUUGAUGAUGAUUCUGAUGACUUGAUGGAGACAAAUUCAAGUCAAGUUGUUGAAGCACAAGAUUCUGAUGAGGCAGAGGUUUUGGAGAAGGCUCCAAAAAUAUGGCCUAAGAAGAAAAGAGCGGGGAAGAAACCAAAAGCUGAAAAAGAAGGAGGUAAAAGGAAAAAACCCUCUAAUGCUUGGGAACACUUUAAAGUAAUUAAAACUGACCCAAACCAUGCUAAAUGUCUUUAUUGUGGGGCAAUAAUUGGUUGUGAUCCAAAGAAUGGAACUAAUGGCAUGAAUCGACACACUGAUAGGUGUAAAAAAUCUCCAUUUUACAAAGAUAAAUCUCAAACUAUCUUAGAUUUUGAGUCUAGGACAAAGAUUAAUACUGAUGGGAGUGUCCAAACUGUUAAUGUUCCUAAAUUGUGGAGAUUUAAUCAUGAUAAGAUUAGAAAAGCACUUGCUAAGAUGUUAAUUGUAGAUGAGUUGCCUUUUGCUUUUGUUGAACGUGAAGGUUUUCGUUAGUUUUGUAAAGUCACUGUUCCUGAAUUUGUUUCUCCUUCGCGUGCUAGCAUUACAAGGGAUUGUUAUGGUCUUUUUAUUGAUCAAAGGAAAAA